CGACCCGCCGCCUCCCCUUCGACUGCGGGGGCGGCGGCCUCGGUUCCCUUCGCCGGCCAACAUGAGCGAGCGGCGGGUCGUCCGGACCCAGAAUAGCCCCGGAGGGAGUCACAACGAGGUUUUUCUCCUUGACUCUCAGGAUGUCUCACCAACAGUUGCCUUUCUGCAAGAAUUGCCCAGUUUCCAGUCAAUGCUGAGGAGGAAAACAUCAGCUGGAGGAUCACGGGACUACCAUAGUUUAGCACGGUCAAUUUCUGGAGACACCAGGCAUUUCCUAGAUGGGGACGGAUCCGGCUCUGUGCAACCGCUGAGAGAAUAUGCAUUGCCUAUUGCAGAGAAGAGACGUUUAAGGGACAUCCAGGAAGCCAACAUAAAAUACCUCUCAAUUUGGCAGCAGUGGAGGCAGACAAGUCGGAAAUCACUGAGAAAAAUUAUAAAGGAUACCAAAGAACUGUCUUCCUAUCUGGAACUUUGGAGACAUGAUAUCCACAGUGUUGAAGGGAAAUUUGGCACUGGGAUCCAGUCCUACUUCUCCUUCCUUCGAUUCCUCGUAAUGCUGAACUUUGUGAUCUUUCUCCUUGUCUUCGGCUUUAUCACCCUUCCAAGCAUUGUGUUCAGGCAUGGAGUUGUGAAUGGCAGCUAUGUUAAAGUGCCUCUGGAAAAAAUAGAGCCGCACUGCACAGUUUAUCAAGUCACUGGUACCAAAGGACUUACUUACUUUUAUAGUUAUCUUAUCGAUCUCCUGUCUGGCACAGGUUUUCUUGAGAAGACAAGUCUUUUCUAUGGCUACUACACAGUUGAUACCAUACAUCUUGGCCACCUGAAAUACCAAGUGCCACUUGCUUAUUUGCUGACCACACUGGCUUACCUUUCACUGAGCUUUGUCUGGAUUGUCAAGAGAGCUGUCGAAGGCUUUAAGCAAAGCUUGGUGGGCAGUGAAGAUAAGUUUCAGAGCUACUGCAACAAAAUAUUUGCCGGCUGGGAUUUCUGUGUUAUGGAUAUAAAUGCUGCACGGCUGAAACACUGCAGUUUACAGUAUGAACUUAAAACUGAUUUGGAGGAAGAAAGGCUGAGGCAGAAAGUCGCAGAGAGAACCACCAAAGAGAAAAUACGCAUCUAUUGCUUGAGAAUUUUCUUAAAUGCCACCGUCAUUGCCAUUUUGUCAGCUUGCUUUUGUUCCAUCUACAGAGCAACUGUUUAUUCACAAGAAAACAUUUCCAAUGACAACAAAGCCAGAUUUGAAGAUAACCUCUUGGUGCAGUAUUUGCCUUCUAUGGUGAUCACAAUGGCCAACUUUAUUGCUCCCUUGUUUUUUUCACUGAUCAUUAAAUUUGAAGACUAUUCACCAGCCUUUGAAAUCCGGUUAACACUGAUGAGGUGUGUCUUUAUGCGCUUGGCCAACAUUGGCGUUCUCUUGUUCUCACUGUGGACUCGGAUCAAGUCCUGCGCAGAUGAAAAGUGCAAGGCCUGUGGAUACAACUACAAGCUGUAUCCUUGUUGGGAAUCUCGAGUUGGUCAGGAAAUGUAUAAGCUGAUGAUUUUUGACUUCAUCAUAAUUUUUGCUAUCACUGUCUUUCUUGACUUUCCUAGAAAGUUGAUGGUUACCCAUUGCUCAUUUAAGGCCUUCCGUUGGUGUGGACUGCAGGAGUUUGCCAUCCCUGAUAAUGUGCUGGAAAUUGUUUAUGGGCAAACCAUUUGCUGGAUUGGAACUUUCUAUUGUCCGCUUCUCCCUGUGAUUGCAACAAUAAAGUAUUUCCUUGUCUUUUACAUUAAAAAGAUAAGUCUGAUGCAUACGUGUAAGCCUUCAGCCCGUCCCUUCAGGGCCUCCAGCUCCAACUUUUUCUUCCUGGCUGUGCUUUUGAUUGGCCUGAUCCUAGCUUUCAUCCCAGUGGGACUCAGCAUGACACACAUUCCCUCCUCAAAAGCUUGUGGACCUUUUGUAAACUUCCAGCAUUCUUGGGAUAUCCUUUAUUACACCGCCGACCAGUUCCCAUUCGUGUUGCAGAAGGUCCUGGAUGGUGUUGGGUCAGAAGCUUUUGCAGUGCCUUUCUUUAUGGUUAUCUGUCUGAUUAUGUUCUAUCUCAUUGCCUUGGCUGGAGCACACAAGCGAGUUGUCAGUCAACUCAGAGAACAAUUGGUCAUGGAGAGCCGUGACAAACUCUUCCUGAUCAGGAAACUGACUGAAGCUCAGAGGCUUCGCUGAUAUAGUAGAUCUUCCAGUCCCUGCUGUCUUCCUAACAGGGUGGAUUAAAAAGCAGUGAUUUUAAAAAAAUCAAAUUGAUUUAAUUCGCAAUUUAAAUUGAAAGAUCAUUUUUUUAUUUAAAAUGUCAACAAAUCUUAUUUUUAAAUCAUUUUGAUUUAAAUCAAAUCCAUCCUGCUUCUUAACCAUUUCUGGAACUACUUCUCCGAGGAUCCCAAUACAAAUUUGCAGUUUCUUGAAACCUGAGAAAAUAAUUUGGGACCUCAUCAUUGCAAACUUAAUGAUGAACAGGCUUCGUUCGCCAUAGAUGUGGGCCUUGUUACUCAAAUUUCAUUCAUAUAAUGUGUCCUGUUAAUUAUUUUUUAACAGACUGUUCCAUUUCAUUGUUUUAGCUGAUAUGCAUAAAUGAGUUGUAGAUCAACUUUCAGAAUUAUUUGUUAUGUCAGGCUGUUCCACUUGUCAUUAAGCAUGCAUGUAGUUUUUUUUUUCCCAGGACUUCUGUGGUUUUUGUUUUCAUUUCUACAGAACUUAACAUUUUUGCAAAAAAUCUCUACUAUAGUAGGGGUCUUUGUGAUUUUAUCCUCUAUUGUUUACACUGUGAGUCUCUAUAUUUAAGGGUCUUUAAAAAAAAACAGCACCUUAACUGAAACUGUUAUGAACUAUCAUGUGGGAAUUUAUGCAUAUAUUUUCUGGGCUAAUAAGCUGGCCGUUAAAUUAUUCUCGCGUGUAUCGUACCUCUCUAUUCUUCAUGGGGACCACCCGUCUGGGCCACAUGGGACCAGUAUACAACGGAAUAUUCCUCUUCACUGUGCUUUCUCAGACAGAGCAUCUUUGUUAGUCUCUUGUAAGAGAAGAUAAAGGAAAGUGCUGCUCUCGUUGUGCCUCCUACUAAAUAUCUGUAGAUACUUACAAUUUCUAGAUUGAAACAAGUGAUUUGGAGUUUGUUACAUUUUUACAGUAUUUUAGAAGAUCUGUUAAUCAGAUCAUUGUUGAAUAAGCAUUGCUUGGAAUUGUCCAGAAAUGUGCCCUUUGUGGUUGUAGAGGUGCAUUUCAACACCACUAGACAAUCACGAUUUUCAGCUCAUGCUAUUUACUGUAUUAAAACUGAAGGCAGAGUUUGUCUGAUUUUUGGAUGUUACUAAACAGACUCCUGCUGUUAUGGGGAAGCCUCCAUGUUGCUCUGCUCUUCCUAUCUAGCUCUAAAUUGGUACUGCAGGUGUAGGGUUAACUUUAAAGUGUGAGAUGCUAUUUUUUCCCUAAUGUACUUUAGGAUCUUUUUAAAAUAAAGCUGUAAAAUAUUUAUUAUUUGUAAUAAAUAUAUUGCAGGUACUUCAUGCGGA